GAGAACGUCAACGCUGAGUGCACGUUUAACAUUUUUUACUCAAAUUCCUUCGAGGUUUUAUAGUGCACGUUCAAGCGAUUGUACUCAGAUCAAUGGGAAUCAACAAAAUUAAAUCAGCGUGUAUGAUGAAAGUGACAGCAGCAGUGACAGAACAAAACACAAAAAAAGAAAGACGCGGUUAAACAGCAGUAACUGUUAAAAGUUAAAAAAAAAUUGGAGCCUUAACCUGAUUGGAAUAAUUGUAUAGAUAAUUGGCGAGUUUGGCCAGAAAAAUCAACGUCACACUAUUGUAAAAGCUUCCUUGUUAUACCCAAAUCGGCAAUGGAACCAAUGACCCUUGGAAGCCCCAGCGGAAGUCCGUCGGUAAGCAGUAGCGGUUAUCUUCCUUCGUUUUUGAUGGGGGACCAGCAGACGACGCCCCGGGCAAACACUCUUUCGCCAACGAAAGGCAGAAGUUCCCUUGCGUUCGUGCAGUCGCCAUCGGCCGGUGGAUUUGGCGCGCAGUCUCCGUCAGACUUUGGGAACCGCAGCACGACUGCCGGCCUCUCCCACAAGUUUCCCAUGGGAGGUGGUCCGAAUCUGAACCAAACAGGGCCACUCAACCACAACACGAGCGUGGGACCACCAACGCAGGGUUUAUUUGAUUCGUUCCGGAACGAGAAGCAAAUGUUCCAGACGCCGACGAAACCGUUCUCAUCCAACCAGCAGCAGCAGCAACAGUCGAGAUUGGCCGAGGCUACGUCACCGGGAGGGUUCAACCAACAGGGAACGAACGAUUCGUACCUCAAUCGAAGUGGCUUCAAUGUUUCUCGGGUCAUGUCGCCGAUUCCGGUCGCCAAGGAGCAGGAUUUCAUCUCCAACAUGUCUGUGAUGUCGCCGCUGUCCCAGUCCCACCAGGGCCUCUCGCAAACCCACACUUCUGGUAACGAUUACUGGAUUACGGUGUUUGGCUUUCCCCAGUCGGCUUCAUCUAUGAUUUUGUCCCACUUUUCGCAAUGCGGUGCCAUCAUCGACAAGGUCUUUGCCACCCAAAACGGAAACUGGGUGCAUUUGCGAUUCAGCUCACGGCUCGAGUGCGAUAAAGCGCUUAAUUACAACGGCAAAAUCAUCGGACAGAACCUCAUGCUGGGUGUGCAGUACUGUAACGAUCCGGUCGUUGUCGGGAAGGAAAACUGCGACGAUCGCAACCAAUUCUCCCUGAAUAGAGUUCGGUCGCUGACCCACAUAGCUUACAAAAAUGCGCAGCAAACGGACGUGGUUCCAAGUCCGACGGCACCGAAAAGAAGCGCCGGUAUUGUCAACAAGGCCAUGGAUUUGUUUUUUGGAUGGUAGGUUUGUGUUCUUUUCCGUUGGAUAACAUUGUGGUCUAAUGAUAGGUGUAGAAGGCAAACGAUUGUAAUCAAUAAAUCGACGGAGUUUUUGUUCAGAAGAUUA